AUGCCUCUCCAUUUCCCCCAAUUGCCCGAACAUGUCAUGGUGACUCUCCUCCGCCAAUGCUACGCCAGGCCCCAAUGCCAGGCCCUGUGCCGGCAAACACUUGCUUUGAAUAGCUCGAGAUCCCUCUCUACACUCCGCCCUCAACUGCGCCCACGGCACCGACGACUGCGGCCAUGGGCUUCCAUACACACCCAAUCUUCUCACGAAGCCCAAUUCCCUCUGCCAACGAGCUUCUCCAGCACGAGUCCUGCAGUUUUGGAGGGUGAUAUUCCAGGAAGAGGGCGAAAGGCAGAGCCAGCGCAAAUCGCCGUCCUGGGAGGCGGCAUCACCGGCCUUGCAAGUGCGCACUACCUCACGAAAGAGAACCCGAAUGCAAAGAUCACAAUAUAUGAGAGCAGCGAGAGGCUGGGUGGGUGGUUAAAGAGUGAGGUGCUCGAGGUGGAGGUGGAGGGUAAGAGGGAGAAGGUGCUGUUUGAGAGUGGGCCGAGGACUUUGAGGCCGCAUACGCCCGCUGGGAUGGUAGUGCUUGAAUUGAUUCAAGAGUUGGGGCUCGAGAAAGAGAUGCUCAUUACGCAGACCACCUCCCUUGCGCAUCAAAAUCGCUUCGUGUACUACCCCGAUCACCUCGUUCGAAUGCCCGGCCCAGGCCAGGAUGUAUUUGAUAUGUCCUGGAGACUGCUCACGGAGCCCGUAUUCCAAGACCUCGCGUGGGGCGCUCUCUGGGAGUUCAACGUAGAAUGUCGACCCCGCGAGCUGGAAGAUGAAUCUGUGGGUGACUUUCUCGCCAGACGACUGGGUAGUGAGAAGCCCGGCAAUAAUAUUGUAAGCGCAGUGCUGCACGGCAUUUACGCAGGGGAUAUCUAUCAGUUGAGCGCUAAGAGCUUAUUGCCGCUGCAGUGGGCAAUGGAGGGAUGGCGAGGCAGCUUGAGUAAGGCCAUAAUAGCCAGAAGCGCUGAAAGUUUGGAGUUGAUGUCCAAAAAGGAUAUUGAUCUUAGGUGUGAUGUAAUGCCGAAGAUCAAUGUCUCGAUGUUGGAUGCCCUGAAGACGGCGAGUGUAUACUCGUUCAAGGAGGGCAUCGGCUCCCUAUCAGAGGCACUGGUCAAGUCUCUAGAGGCAAAUCCCAACGUCGAUUUCAAACUCGGUGCUGGUGUCACCGCUGUGGAGUUCGACGGCGAGAGUGAAAGUGUCACGAUCUCAACAUCAUCCCGCGACUCGUCCCCAGCAAAAUACACCAAAGCAAUCUCCACCCUCUCCAGCCGCGUCCUCUCGACACUCACUUCCACCCCCAUGCCCACCCUAGCCCAAACCCACUCGGUCACAGUCAUGGUCGUGAACUUGUACUACCCCGAUCCACACAUCCUACCCGAACGCGGCUUCGGCUACCUCAUCCCGCGCUCCGUUCCCUUCGAGCAAAACCCCGAGUGCGCCCUCGGCGUGGUCUUCGACUCCGACGCCGUGCAAGGGCAAGACACUGCUUCCGGCACCAAAGUCACUGUCAUGCUAGGCGGGCACUGGUGGGACUCAUUUUCAACCUACCCAGACGAGGAAGAAGGUGUGAACAUGGCAAGAGCAGUGCUACAUCGCCAUUUGAAGAUCACGGGGAAGCCGGUGGCGACGAGGGUCAGUCUGCAGAGGGAGUGUAUUCCGCAGUACACCGUGGGUCAUGAGAAGAGGUUGAGGGAGGCGCAUUUGGACCUCAUGACGGGCUUCAAGGGGAAGUUAGCGGUGGCGGGAAAUAGUUACACCGGGGUCGGCUUGAACGACUGUGUGAGGGCUGCGAGGGACGUGGUAACUGGCAUGAAGAGGGGGAAUGUUAUUACGGGAUUAGAGGAUUUUGGCCGGAAUGAUAUUUAUGUGCCGGUGUCGGCGCUGUCCCCGGAAGAACUUGCUGAGUGA